AUGAAGGCAGCUCGGAAAAGUUUGACCCCUGUACGGACCCUGGACAGCCCAAGCAUGUCAGACAGUGACCUGGGUGAGGAGGAAGGGCUGGCCUCCCUGGAUCUAACCCAGGCAGGCAAGAGGAAGAGGAGAGGGAACCUCCCAAAGGAGUCUGUGAAGAUUCUCAGAGAUUGGUUGUAUGAGCACCGCUUCAAUGCCUAUCCCUCAGAACAGGAAAAGCUGAGCCUUUCUGGGCAGACGAGCCUGUCGGUGCUACAGAUUUGCAACUGGUUUAUCAAUGCUCGGCGGAGGCUUCUCCCAGAUAUGCUGAGGAAGGAUGGAAAGGAUCCCAACCGUUACACCAUUUCCCGCCGCGGUGGCAAAGCCUCUGAUGUGGCUGUGCCACGAGGUUCAAGCCCUAGCCUGAUGGCACCAGGGUCCACUCCAGCUCCCUCCAAAGUGCUGUCAGUAUCUGUGUGCCCCUCUGCACUCUGUUCCUCUGCACCCCCAGUGGGGGCUCACCUCCCUGGUCCUGCCGCUGAGAAUGAGAGUCCAUCACCCCCUUCUUUAAUUAGUGGGGAGCCACAGCCCAUCCCAGGCCCUGGCAGCACACUCACCCUGCUGGCCAGGGCACAGGCUGGAAGCCCAACCAGUGGACUAUUUAACACCCCACCCCCGACGCCCCCAGAGCACUAUGGAGAGGACUUUAGCAGCUUCCAACUGCUGGUGGAGGUGGCCCUACAGAAAGCAGCUGAGCUUGAGUCACAGAAAAAGGAUCUGUUGCCCCCUUCAUGGCAUUCAGAUCUCCCAUUGGUAGCUACUAAUCCUAAGUAG